AUGGACAUUCAGCAUUCAAAAUUCAAAAGAAUCUGUGUUUUUUGUGGUAGUAGUCCUGGCAAAAAAACUAGCUACCAAGAUGCUGCCAUUCAACUUGGACAAGAAUUGGUUUCAAGGAACAUUGAUCUUGUUUAUGGAGGUGGAAGCAUUGGACUAAUGGGUUUGGUUUCUCAAGCUGUUCAUGAUGGUGGUCGCCAUGUCAUUGGAGUUAUUCCCAAGACACUCAUGCCUAGAGAGCUUACUGGUGAAACAGUAGGAGAAGUAAAAGCUGUGGCUGAUAUGCAUCAAAGGAAAGCUGAAAUGGCUAAACAUUCAGAUGCUUUCAUUGCUUUACCAGGUGGAUAUGGUACUCUAGAAGAGCUUCUUGAAGUGAUAACAUGGGCUCAACUUGGAAUUCAUGACAAGCCGGUGGGAUUAGUAGAUGUUGAUGGAUACUUUAACUCUUUGUUGUCAUUCAUUGACAAAGCUGUCGAAGAAGGAUUCAUUAGUCCAAAUGCUCGUCACAUAAUCGUAUCCGCACCAACUGCAAAAGAGUUAGUCAAGAAAUUGGAGGAAUAUGUUCCAUGUCAUGAGGGUGUUGCUUCAAAGUUAAGCUGGCAGAUGGAACAGCAGCUAGCAUACCCUCAAGAUUAUGACAUCUCAAGGUAG